AUGGAUUUGGUUUUAAACAUCUGCGACCAGUAUUUCUUCACACCAUAUAUAUAUCCUACUGAGUUUAAACCUGAUGAUCCAUACCGCCAGAUUAUCUCUCUGCUGGUUAUAGCUAAUAUUGGUGGUUAUUUAUUAUAUUUAAUAGUUGCUUCAUUUAGUUAUUUUUUUAUAUAUGAUAGAAGAUUGACUAAACAUCCUCAAUUUUUAAAGAAUCAAAUAGCACUAGAAAUAGAAUGUGCCUGUAAAUCUAUUCCAAUGAUGAGUAUACCUACAGUUUUCAUGUUUUUUAUGGAAAUUAGAGGUUACAGUAAACUAUAUGAUAAUGUACAUGAUUGGAAACAUGGAUGGUUUGGUAUAGUCUGGAGUAUUGCUACCUUUAUAUUAUUUACUGAUAUGGCUAUAUACUGGAUACAUAGAUGGCUACAUCUGAAACAAGUCUACAAAUAUCUACACAAAUUACAUCAUAAAUGGAAAGUCACGACUCCAUUUGCUAGUCACGCUUUUCAUCCGUUGGAUGGAUUCAUUCAAAGUUUACCGUACCAUUUGUAUCCGUUUUUCUUUCCUCUACACAAAAUAACCUAUUUGGUGUUGUUUGUAUUUGUGAAUAUUUGGACAGUGUCGAUACAUGAUGGAGAUUAUCGUGUUCCAACAUUGUUAAAAGCUGUGAUAAAUGGUUCAGCUCAUCACACGGACCAUCAUCUCUUUUAUUCCUAUAAUUAUGGACAGUUUUUUACUCUGUGGGAUAAGGUUGGAGGAUCUUAUCGUAACCCCAGUGCCUUUGAAGGAUGUGGACCAUUAGAUGAGGUCAUGAAGAGGUCAGGAAAACAAAAUGGAUUUUCUGAAACAAAUGGCCAUAGCAAUAAGAUGUCUGGAGAACCGAAUGGAUUUUCUACAGCAAAUGGUCAUAAGAAGUCAAAUUAAACUAUAUCUGUGAAAUAUUGGUGGUAUAUUGGUUAGUGUUGUUGCUUAUAGUCCCAUCAAAGUGCUUUAUUCCAGAGUUAUCUUCUAUGUCAAUACCACUAAUUAAUAAC